AUGUCGGUUGUGUCACAAGUGACAGAACCGGAUGCAGUCAAUGAUUAUGGUAGUGAUGUCUUAAACCAACCAUUUCCUAUCCGUGUCAUGGCAUUGAAAGUCGAAGGAUCGACACAUCCAACAUCUCAAUCGACGCAAGUACAACAUCAAAUUGAACUACAAAUUGGUGAACGAGAAAAAAUUGGGCAAGGCACAUUCGGAAAAGUAUUUCGAGCAAAACUAUUGAACACCGAAGAGAUUAUAGCCAUAAAAGAAGUAGAAAUGGAAGAAAAAUUCAAAUCUCGAGAGUUAGACAUGUUAAAAAUGUUAAAUCAUCCAAAUAUUGUGAAAUUGAAAUACUUUUUUCAUAGUACAAGUGUUCACGAUAAUAAGGAUAUGCUGUAUCUGGUAAUGGAGUAUAUGCCAAUGUCUGCUCACCGACUUAUCCAAGAUUAUAGACGAAAUCAUAAAAUUCUACCAUUAUUCUACAUAAAGUUAUUCGUUUAUCAAAUGUUAAGAGGAUUAGCGUUUCUAGCAGCUAAUGGAGUUGUAAGUUGUACCCCUUACAAAACAUAA